GGAUUUUGGAGAUUUACUGACUGUUCAGUUACAUCAAAACCCAAGAAGUCAUACUGGGAAACCUUAUUCCAGUAAUAUUUUGAUAAUGUUUGUACAUAGAAUCUGCAAUAUCAAAAAAAAAAUAGUUUACAAUCCUGUCUGAAUGGAUCAGCACUUUAAGCUCUCUGUGAAACUGAAGGGAAUGAAGAAAUUGUUCCUUUAUCCUGGUCAUCAUAGUUUGACAGAACCAAAAGGAAUUCAUGAUUCUUUUUUCAAUGUAAAAUGAAUUUUAUAUUUUAAAAGAUCAUAUACUGUAAGCUCAUAAUAUAUUGGAAGUUUUGGUUCACUCUUCUACCAUUCCAUUUUUUAAAAACUUGUUCUUAACUUUUAGUAGUAAACAAACUGUUGAGCAGAUAUGGGAUUUCAAGUCUGUAGUGUAUUGCAUAAUCUCUUUAUCGAAAAGUUACAGAGAAUCCUCGUCACAUGUCUCAGAAGAGUGGUGAAGUCUGAUACGCUAGUAUUUGUGAGCAACCUUGCUUUUAUUAAGCUUAAAGCAUGCUUUUUAAAUGUGGGACAAUGAGAGAAAGCGGUAUUUUGCAGAUCUCUGUUAGGAUCUGCUGUGGGACUAAUGCUUGUUUAUUUUCUCCAGGAAAAUGAAAGAGUUGAAGCUAAGAGCAAGACUGAUCCAAUAUCUAAAAUGAGAGUAUUACAUAUGAAAUGCAAGUUGGCUCAGGCGGGUUCUGUUAUAGGGCUGAAAUGCUGCUAAAUAUUCAUGUUCAAGCCCUGUUUAAUUUAGUAGUCUUCUCAUUUGAUCAUAGUAAUUAUUAUUUUUGGAUUACAAUCUUAAUUCCACUAAAACAAUUUGAAAAAUAAGUCAGGCUGAAUGAUAGUGACUGGUUCAAACUCACCACUGACUUUCCCUAGUUAUGUAUGGACUUGAACCUGCCUCACCUUAUUCCCAAUCCUACAUGGCACAGGGCCUGGAUAUAUUUACCAGGUCCAUCUGUCUCCAAUUAUCUCUGCCCAUCCUACAAGAUCUGGCAGGGUUGGUGUGUUCCAGGUCCAUCAAUUUAACAGUGUCACCUAAUGGGACUUAUUUUAAAUAAGCAGGUUAAUAGAUAAGCAGAUGCUGACAGGGAAAGCCACCGUAUAUAAAUAGGGAGCAAAUCCCGUACUUACUAGUACUGAUGAUGUUGCUUAGUUGAGUAUUUCAAAUGUCUGCAAGGAAACAACAAGCUCAGAGAGCACCAAGGACUCCAUCUUUUAAGCCUUUCUUAUAACUUCUUAGAGUUGUUUGGGCAAUCUUUGGAUCAGAGAUACAUAAGAUGCCGGGAGGGAAUUCAAACUAAAAUAGGAAAAAGAACUUGAUCAACUCUGAGAAUCAUUGGCAACACAUAAUAUCCAGAGGCUGUGCUCCAAUUUGUAUAUUUCAACUAGUUGUAAUUACCAUUCUUUAUACAUUUGCAUAAAAAUGCUGCAUGCCAUUGAAGCAGAUGAAAAUACUACAGUGUUUCAAGAAUAUUUAACAUUAACUCCAAAUAUGAAAUCCUUCUUGGAUGUUAUUGGUGACAAACCAGGGUUAUGUAUACAGUACAUUUGUUUCUACAAUGCCAUAUGGUGUUUUUAUUCAAUCUAGUGUUUGGGACUGGAAUUUUUUAGAUUCCAAACUACCAUUGGCCAUACUUAUUGACCAUACUUAAAACUAUCUGGAAAAUAUUUGAUAUCGAAUAUUUAAAUAACUUUAAAUAUUUGAUAUCAAAUUAAACUGAUAAUUUAAAUAUUUGAUAUUAUUUAAAUAACUACUUUAGUGUACCCCUUGUAAUAACUACUGCAGACUAUGUUAAACUUUCCAUGACAAUGAGUGGGGUUCCUUACGUUCACAAGAAACAGGAACAAGGCAAAUAUACAUCAACCAUCGUUUACUUUGGUUGGCUUUCUCUCUAUCAUGAAAUAAUCAUAGCAAGAAGCUGGAGUGUCAUUCAUCAACUUUGAAUAACUCGGCAUGAAAACAUGUGCUUGGAGUAGUUAAUUCUCAAAAAUAAGGUAUUUUGAAAAUAAGAGGAAAUCCACAAUUUCCUUUAAUAUUGAUUGAGAGCCAACCAGAGUGGAUUGUAAGAUAGCAACUAUAUAAAUAUUUUAAAUAAGCAAACAAGCAAGUAACAGAAGGGCUAAGCAAUAUCUGGCCUCUCAGAUGUAGAACUCCAAACUUACAAUAGCCCCAGGUUUUAUGGGCACAUAUUACUGGCCAAUAGCUACAGCUUACUUACCUAAAAUCUAGAGAGUAUUUUUGUGCUAAUACAUAGUUGGAGUUUUGAAGGUAUAUUAUAGUUAGUUUCUGAAGAUGGCUGCCAGAGUGGGUGCAAUUAAUCUGAAAAAAAAAUGCCCAAUUUCCCAGACAGGAAACUGACUGAAGUUGUUUCUGCAGCCGCCACCAUUAUUAUUUUAUGAUCAAGUUUAAGGGCCUAUGUUGAACUUCAAGAUGUUCUUGGAAUUAAAGUAACCAUGCAGGCUGGUGUUUUGCUUUGUGGUGUAUUAUGGUCCCAAUUGAUUUUUAACACGUUCAAAAUACAUAUUUACAACAAUGAAGUGAAAUAGGGCUGUUAGGCUUCAAAGAAGAUAGUUGUGGUCAUUCAUAGAAGCUCUGUUAGAUUUCCAUUGCUUUGGAAAUUCAGACUAUUUCAUUGUUUAUCAGAUAUCUCUUAACAAUCACUCCUCUGAUCCUAACAAUUUAUCCAGAGUUUUGUAUUGGUUAUGUGAAUUAUAUUAAAAAUAGGUCUAUUGCAUUAAUGUAAUAUAAAUAAAGGUCUAUAUUAUUCCAGCAUUUUAUUUAUCUGUGAAGAGCUUUCAAGCAGGAGAUAGAGAUAUACCCUUAACUUGAAUUGGGAGAUUUCAUUGAUUCCAAGUUUGGCAGACAUAGAUCGAUCUGACCCCAGUGAAUUUAUUCAGUCCCCUUUAUAAGUCCUACAAGAUUUUGGGACCAUCACUGUCUCAUACUAAUGAAUUGCACAACUUAAUUAAGGCUAUUGUCCUGCAAUCAAAUGCCAUUCAGCUGCAUAGGCCAGCAUGUCUUUGAAUUCCCAGGAUCUGCAGAAAUCCAGAUGACUGCUAAAUGGCAACAAGGAGAUGAUUUUCCUAUAUGUCUUUGCUUUCUUCUAAUUAUGAUCAGGAUUUUUGCAGCCCAGAUCUGGUAGUCAUAGCUGUAGUUCAAUAUACUUGAACACAGCAACAAGAAACAUGGGACCUAGAAGAUACAGAAAUAUUGCAGGAUGUAAGAAAUCGUGACUUGAUCAGAAGAGCCAUUAUGAACAGGAGAAAUUCAACCAGAGAUGUGUCUAGCCCUAAGGAGAAGAUCAUGCCUCUCGUCAUUAAAAUCCAGAGUGAAACACCACCCAACAUUUGAGAAGCAGUUUGAUUUUGAUAUCCCUGUGUUUAUGUGGGAACAGCACUUCACUCCUGAGACCUGGGGAAGACUGAAGGAUCGCAGCGUUCCAUAUGGUUGGCGUGAUGUGCCAUAUCCAGUUAUUGCAUCCACGGUGCAGCUUCUCACUGAGUCUGUCCACAGUCAGCUAGUCGAUGAAAACAGGUUCCUUAAUUGUUGCAUCUGCUGUGCCGUGGUUGGGAAUGGAGGAAUUUUGAAUGGGUCUCGCCAAGGGAAGAAGAUAGAUGCUCAUGACUUUGUCUUCAGGCUUAAUGGGGCAGUCACCAAAGGUUUUGAGGAAGAUGUUGGGACUAAGACUUCCUUCUAUGGCUUUACAGUGAACACUAUGAAGAAUUCCCUUGUUGCUUAUGCAGAAUAUGGCUUCAAACAAAUCCCACAGGGAAAAGAUGUACAGUACAUUUUCAUUCCAUCAAACGUACGAGACUACAUCAUGCUUCGGUCUGCCAUAUUGGGCAGUCAAGUCCCAGAGGGCUAUGACAAGGGUGAUAUCCCUUGGAAAUAUUUUGGAUCUGAGACAUCUGCAGGGAAAUUCAAGUUGCUGCACCCAGAAUUCAUUCAUUAUCUAAAAGAAAGGUUCUUAAAAUCAGAAAUUAUUAAUUCUCAAUUUGGUCAUCUCUACAUACCCAGCACGGGAGCACUUAUGCUUUUAACGGCUCUACAUACUUGUGAUCAGGUCAGUGCCUAUGGAUUCAUCACAGAAAAUUACAAGUUGUUUUCAGAUCAUUACUACGAGCAGGAGAAAAAGCCCCUGGUGUUCUACGCCAAUCAUGAUAUGUUACUAGAAGCCGGGCUAUGGAAGAGCUUGCACCGAGUUGGCAUCAUGAAGCUCUAUCAGCGAUGAAGAUAAGUAAUUCUGUGGGGGAAAAAACAAAGGUGCAUUUUCCCUUGACUCUCUUUGCGCAAGAGCAUUUCUCAUGAGGAGGAACCCUUUUUUUUUUUCCUCCAGAAAUGAAACUGAUCAUCAGCACACUCCAAGCAUACUGGACAGCCAAGGAUUCUUAAGAAUCGUUCCCACUGGAUUUGGUAAAGACAGACUCAUCUGCUGUUACAACGGUGUAGCCAGGAGAUGCCGCAACGUUACUGCUGUACAGGAGAAUCUCAAAUACAGUUUCAUUGUAUUUAUUAUAGGCAAGUAUUCUCCUAGGCUUGCAUACAUUAUGCAGAGGUGGGCAUCACUCCAUUACCCUCCAUUUAGGACACAUCCAUCUAAUUGGUGCUGAGGACCAUAGAACUGUGCUCACAAGUAUCAUUAUACAGUCUAAAUGCAGAAGGCCACAACUAUCAGAACAGGAUUCCUAUUCACAAACUCUGCAUGGCUUGCAUCCAGAGAAAAUGGCUUUAUCGAAGAUGAAUAAGUUCCAGUAAAGUGAAUACUAUUCCGAUACUAUGGAAUAGUUGUUUCUAGUAAGAAGGGAUAUUUUUGCCAGAAUUUAAAUCUGUCUUGGACUAUAUAGAUCUCUCAUCCACCCACACUCCACAAACUUGAACUCAGGGAUCCUUUGAGGUGUACAAAUGUUGGCCCACUUCUGUUUUCACAAUCAGCUACAAUGGUACUGAGUAAUUCUUCCACCUCCAGUGGGAGAGAUCAGCCUUCUAACUGGAUGUUGUAAGGUUACUGAAUGCUACAACAUUCAAAAUAAAUCUGUGCUAAGGAAGUUGUGGGCAAUACCUCUACAAAUGUUUCAGUAGCCUGAAUUUCUCUGAAGGAGAAUUAGUGUUUGGGAAAAGGGAUAGUUGUAGAUGAAAUGUUAUGUGCAGAAUACUAAUAAAUUCAAGUGUUCUUAAAUGUAUUUAUAUAUAAAGUAGCAAUAAAUUUGAGGGUGUUACUGCUA